GCCGGGCUGGAGGAGCCGCCGCCCCGAGAUCGGGAACUGGCGUCGGGGGCAGCGGCGGCCGCGCGAGGCCACCCGCCGCCCCACCGGCCGGUACCAACGGCCCCGGCACCGCCCGCCCGGGAUGGCCGAAGGCAGCCCCACCUCCCUCCUGCACCUCUCCAUCAUCCGCUGGAUAGCUGAUAAUUUCUAUCUGUGUGAAGGAUGCACUGUACCCCGUUGGCUACUAUAUGAAUUGUAUAUGGAAAGCUGCUGUCCAAACUCCAAGUGUCAAGUAAAUUCAGCCACAUUUGGAAAGCUCAUUCGGUUAGUUUUUCCAGGUCUGGGGACAAGAAGGCUGGGCACAAGAGGGAGUACCAGGUAUCAUUACGAUGGAAUAGCUAUCAAGAAGAACUCUUCCUGUUAUGCACGUUAUUGCUCUCUUCUGUCUGAAAAAAAUUAUCACAGGCACGGCUCUCCAGGGGAAGGGAGCAGUUCUGCCUGGCAGACGAGCCCCUCUGUGGGCAUCGGUGGAAAUGCUUGCAGUUCUGAAGAUGCAGCUGGUUACAGGAGCAAAAGCCAAAAAAAGAGAACAAGCAAGAAUUUGCAGUGUUCUCCAUCUGUCGUUUAUCUGAAGACUGAACAAGAGAGAUAUCAGUACCCUUGGCCUGAAUUCAACAGAAUUUAUCUUUGGGAGCAAGAACUAAGGAAGAAAUACCCAUACGAAAUGGUUGUUCUGCUUGUCAAUGAGUACCACAGCCAUUGUCAAGAUCUUCUACAUAUGGUGAGAAAGGAAGAGCUUGACAAGGUGGAAGAUUGUAUCAUGUCAUUCUGGAGGUCUCUGCAGCCUGAAAAUGUAGCAUUUAUGUCCUUGCCAGAUGUAUGCCAGCUGUUCAAAAGCUAUGACAGGCAGCUAUUCAAGGAAAUGGAGGACAUCUUACUUCAUGAUUUCCUGGAGGAGGUGCCUGUGCAACGCAUUAAGUCAAUGAGAUUGUUCAGUAAAAAUAUUGAAGUUUGGCUGCUUAAUGCUUUGAAAGAGUUUCCAUUACCGCUCCAAACAUCUAAAUCUAAAGAAGUUAAAGUGUUUAUAAAAAGACUUGGGAGAAAGAUAGACCUUUCUAACAUGGUCAAGAUAAUGAGAACAGUCUUGAACAGCAACAGCAAAGUCACUGUUCUGCGAUCAGACUUGCAUGCUGUCAUCAGUCAGGGAUUUCUGGAUGUGCCUGGAAACCUCUUUCAAACAAAGUGUAGGAAUCCAGAGGAGCCGCAGAACGACAUACACCUCAAAUGUUUGAAUGACUUAAUGUCUCUGCUCGUCCCUUCCAUAGAUAUUCAGGUUCUCCUGAACUGUGUGUCUUCAAAUCUUCAGGCUUUUGUCAUUCAGCCAAGCAGGAGUAAAGAGGAAUUCAGAAAAUUGGCCUCAGAUUUCCAGUUGAAAUGGAACUUCCUCCUGAGCGCAGUAAGCAAGGUUAUGACCCUGAACUAUGCAGACAGUUUUGGAUCCUGGCAUUUGUUUAAUUUGCUACUCAUGGAUUUUGUGGCUCACAUUUUCCUGUCCUAUAUAGAGGAGGAAGCUGAUGAAAGUUUCUGGGUUGCAAAGCAAAACGAGUCUCCUGUUCUGUGGGUUUAUGAGCCCAACCAUUUCUGGGGCUAUUUUGCAGAGGAGCAACCUCAAGCCAAUGUUCCACAGACAGCUCUUAUAACUUUGAUGCAGAGCCAGAAUAACUUCGGAUUAAGCAACGUUUUUCCAGAAUUCUGAGUUGUUCGGUGGACACAGCUGCAGGCAGCAAGGUCAGGAAGAGAGAAUUACUAAAACUUUUACUAAUUUGGAUCUUCAAGGAGGAAGGGAAGCACUUUGUACUUAAAAAUAUGGACACUUUGCCUCUGAUGAACAGCAAAUCUUUGGAGAAAAGCAGCCUGACUUUAAAAUUCUUUAUGCCACACCAUUCUUACUUUUUGAUGCAACUUUAAGAAAUACUGUUUUCAUUCUCUUGAAUUUAAGAACGUUUUCUGGAAAUACUAAACGCAAAACUGUGCUAGCAAUGGAGUUAUUUUAAGCUGGCACACUAUUUAGCCAUUUGACUUUAUUUUAAUAAAUCUUCAGGAAAA